AUGAACCCGACUGGAAGUGGCAGCAUAAGUGCUUGUGGGGGUAGUGGUUUUGCUGGAGGUGGUGGUGGCAGAAUUUCUGUAGAUAUUUUUAGCAGGCAUGAUGAACCGGUCAUUUCUGCAUAUGGUGGAAGCAGUAUUGGUUGCCCUGAAAAUGCAGGUGCUGCAGGAACAUUUUAUGAAUCUGUUCCUCGUAGCCUUACCGUGAGCAAUCAUCACAAAUCAACAUAUACAGAUACACUCCUUAUGGACUUUCCUCAACCGUUUUUAACGAAUGUCUAUAUAAGAAACCAGGCAAAGGCUGCUGUUCCCCUGCUGUGGAGCCGUGUCCAGGUUCAAGGACAAAUCAGCCUCUUGCGUGGAGGAGUGUUGAGUUUUGGGCUUGCACAUUAUUCAAUGUCCGAGUUUGAACUAUUGGCAGAAGAGCUGUUAAUGAGUGAUUCAAUGAUUAGAGUUUAUGGGGCUCUUCGUAUGUCAGUUAAAAUGUUUUUAAUGUGGAACUCGAAGAUGUUAAUAGAUGGUGGUGGGGAUGAGAAUGUCGAGACAUCGUCACUUGAGGCUAGUAAUCUCAUAGUCCUCAGGCAAUCAUCUGUUAUCCAUUCAAAUGCAAACUUGGGAGUUCACGGGCAAGGUUUAUUAAAUUUGACUGGACCAGGAGAUUGCAUUGAAGCUCAACGGCUAGUUCUAUCAUUAUUUUAUAGCAUCAAUGUUGGACCUGGAUCUGUUCUGCGAGGUCCCCUGAAGAAUUCCUCAGAUGAGGCCGUGACGCCAAAACUUUAUUGUGAUUCGCAAGAUUGUCCCAGUGAGCUGAUCCAUCCACCUGAAGAUUGUAAUGUGAACUCUUCUCUGGCCUUUACCCUACAGAUAUGUCGUGUUGAGGAUAUACUUGUUGAGGGUUUUGUUCAAGGCUCCGUUGUGCAUUUCCAUAGAGCCAGAACCAUCAACGUUCAGCCUACUGGAGUUAUAAGCACAUCUGGAAUGGGCUGCCAUGGUGGAAUAGGUCAAGGUGAAGUCUUGAGCAAUGGUCUUGGUAGUGGUGGUGGGCACGGUGGUAGAGGUGGAAUGGGCUGUUAUGGUGACAUCUGUGUUGAUGGUGGCAUAACGUAUGGAGAUGCUAAUUUGCCUUGUGAACUCGGCAGUGGAAGUGGAAAUGAUAGCUUGGAUAUAUCAACUGCUGGUGGUGGUACUUUAGUGAUGGGUUCGUUGGAGCAUCCCUUGAUAACUUUAUAUGUUGAAGGUUCUGUUAGAGCAGAUGGAGACAGCUUCACGAGUCUCCAGAAGAAUAAUGCUUCUAUUGAUAAGUUUGUUGGUCCUGGAGGUGGUUCUGGGGGUACUAUAUUGUUAUUUUUGCGCUAUCUGGAUCUUCGUGAAUCUGGCAAUUUAUCUAGUGCUGGAGGUCAUGGUAGCCUGACUGGUGGCGGAGGAGGUGGUGGUGGAAGGAUUCAUUUUCACUGGUCAGAUAUUUCCACCGGAGAUGUUUACUGGCCAAUAGCUACAGUGAAUGGAACGAUACAUACCAUGGGUGGAUUAGGUGGUGUACAAGGUCAUGUGGGCGAAAAUGGAAGUAUCAGUGGCAAAGCUUGCCCAAAAGGGCUUUAUGGCAUAUUCUGCGAGGAAUGUCCAAUUGGCACUUAUAAAAAUGUCACAGGGUCUGAGAAAUCCCUCUGUUUUCCUUGCCCAACUGAUGAGAUUCCUAAUCGAGCAGCUUAUAUUUAUGUCCGAGGUGGUAUUACUGAAGCACCUUGUCCUUAUAAGUGUAUUUCUGAUAGAUACCACAUGCCAAAUUGUUAUACUGCUCUUGAAGAACUAAUAUAUACAUUUGGCGGACCAUGGUUGUUUGGUUUCCUGCUUUUGGGUCUUCUAGUUCUGCUUGCUUCAGUUCUAAGUGUUGCACGAAUGAAGUUCAUUGGCGUGGAUGAGUUACCUGGUCCUGCUCCCACACAACAAGGUUCCCAAAUAGAUCAUUCAUUCCCUUUCUUGGAAUCUCUUAACGAGGUACUGGAAACUAACAGAGUGGGGGAGUCUCAGAGUCACGUGCACAGGAUGUACUUCAUGGGUCCAAAUACGUUUAGUGAACCUUGGUAUCUUCCACAUACACCUCCUGAGCAAGUAAAAGAAAUAGUGUAUGAAGGAGCAUUUAACGAUUUUGUGGAUGAGAUCAAUGCUCUUUCUGCAUAUCAGUGGUGGGAGGGUGCGGUUCACAGUAUUUUUUGCAUUCUUGCCUAUCCUUUUGCAUGGUCAUGGCAGCAGUGGCGCCGGAAAAUAAAGCUGCAGAAAAUUCGAGAAUAUGUGCGAUCUGAAUAUGACCAUUCUUGCUUACGUUCUUGUCGCUCACGUGCUCUAUAUGAAGGGCUGAAGGUUGCUGCAACUCCAGAUCUAAUGCUAGCAUAUAUUGACUUUUUCCUUGGUGGUGAUGAGAAGAAAAAUGGUCUUCCUCCUUGCCUCCAACAAAGGUUUCCCAUUUCUCUAUUAUUUGGAGGAGAUGGGAGCUACAUGACUCCUUUCAUUCUUCAUAAUGACAACAUCAUUACUAGUCUGAUGAGUCAGUCUGUUCCACCCACCACCUGGUAUCGCUUUGUGGCUGGUGUGAAUGCACAGUUGCGCUUAGUAAGAAGGGGCUGCCUAAGAUCGAAGUUUCGCUCGGUCCUUCAGUGGCUUGAUACUUUCGCAAAUCCUGAAUUUAGGCUCUAUGGUUUGCAUGUGGAUCUUGCUUGGUUUCAGGCUACGACUGAUGGUUACUAUCAUUAUGGACUUCUGAUAUAUUCUGUGGAAGAAUUCAACCGUGUGUCAUUUGUAUGUCAUGACGGAGAACGUGGAGAUGAUGAGCAACAUUCACGUGCUGUUGGUGUUCAUGUUAAAGAUGGGAGUUCAAAUAAGAGUUUCUUAGGACGAACUCAGAGAAGUGCUGACGGGAACUUGAGGGGGAAGAUUUAUGGUGGGGUUCUAGAUUUUGACAGUUUGAAGGUGCUCGAGGAGAAAAGAGAUUUACUCUUCAUCCUCUCUUUUCUAAUUCACAACACCAAACCUGUUGGCCAUCAGGAUCUCGUGGGCUUGGUGAUCUCAAUCCUGCUUCUUGGAGAUUUUAGUCUGGUAUUGCUCACCUUGCUCCAGUUGUAUUCACUUUCCCUAGCAGACGUCUUUCUUGUUUUGUUUAUCGUGCCCCUUGGGAUUUUGCUCCCCUUUCCUGCUGGAAUCAAUGCUUUAUUCAGUCAUGGACCUAGGCGAUCAGCAGGUCUUGCACGUGCAUAUGCUUUGUGGAACAUUACAUCAUUCAUAAACAUAGGUGUUGCAUUUGUAUGCGGUUAUAUUCACUAUCAAACACAAUCAAGUAAAACAACCCCAAGCUUUCAGCCAUGGAAUAUAGAUGAAAGGGAAUGGUGGAUUUUUCCCUUGUCACUUAUUUUGUGUAAAUGCAUCCAAUCUAAGCUCGUAAAUUGGCAUGUCGCAAAUCUGGAAAUUCAGGAUCGGGCAUUGUAUAGUAAUGACUUUGAGUUGUUCUGGAAUUCAUAAAUUUUACCGAGCAAUUAUGUUCACACGAACACCAUCAUUUUUUUCGUGGGUUCUAUUGCAAGGUGUAGAGAGUAGUGGUUGGCACAGGAGUAGAAACAAGUUGAAUGAGAGAAAAAAAGUGAUAAAGAACUAGAUAGUGCUGAGGCAUUUAUUUGUAGCCUUGUGUUGUGCAGCUAUAUAUAUUCCUUUUGUCAUGUAAAUAUAGAAAUGGGAUAUUCCCAUGGCUUAUAUAUUUCUACAUUCCCUAAUUCACUUCUCUCUAUAUUUGUCUAA